GUGCAGCUCAAGUUCAGCAGAAGAAGAGGCAGAACAGGCCAACCUGGACCUGCUGGACAGACACACACUAUACCCUAGACUGUGGCCUUUUGUCAGUAGAUAUGACUAUUUGUUGGACAUCGCUGUGUGGUCUGCUGGCAAGUGCUUGAUGUGUUUCAUUAUGAAUUUUUCCUUGCUCCUGCCUGGCUUCCUGCUGCUCCUGGUUUUCGGUGUGUGUUAUCGGCCAGUGGGAGCAAAGAGACAAGAAUCAGAGGUUUCGCCUGAGAACCACAGCACUCGCCUCCGAGGCCUCUGGAAGCUGCACAUGAGGGACUCCCUGCUGAAAGGAAAAGGUUCUAGUCCUCAUCCAAUCAGAGAAGGGGUCAAACAGCAGCUGCUCUACUGCCGUGUUGGGAUUGGCUACCAUCUCCGGAUUUUGCCUAGUGGCUCUGUUGGAGGCGUCCACAAACCCACUGAGUACUCUUGGCUGAAGGUGUUUGCUAUGAUGCACGGGGUGGUGGGAAUCAAAGGAGUCAAGAGUGGCUUGUACCUCUGUAUGACUGGAGAAGGACUAGCAUAUGGAGCGAAACAGUUUUCUGACAACUGCCUGCUGAAAGAGAACUUGGAGGAGAAUUACUACACCACCUACUCCUCUCUAUCUCAUCCUGGCAUCUACCUGGCUCUUUCCCACAAGGGAGACCUCAGGAAGGGCAACAGUGUGGGCCAUCACCAGUCCUGCACCCACUUCCUACCUCGAAGAACACCGUGAUCAGGGUCCACUACCAGCCAGCUUUAAGAACUGGAGCCAGAUUAGAAAUACAGUUGCUCACGUUGCUGCUCCAAUUUGUGAGGAAAGCAAUAGACCAGAAAUUGGCCUCCACACAGCACGUUCAGGUUUUAUUGUAAUUUCCACACAUAUUCUUGACAUACACACAGGGAAAUUAAAUGUCGUUCAUCCUGGACCUCAGUACAACAUAGAACAAACAUACAAACACUCAAAGUAUUAAAAGUAAGAGUGAUUAAUCUUUAAUUAGCAGCAACAACUUGAAUCUAAACAAGGUCCAGUGUAUUUUCUCCUCAUUUAGCAAACUUGACAUGUUGGCUGAAUUUCAGCAGUUUGUUGAUUAUUGAUGCUGCAGUACAGCUCUGGCAGGGAGACUGUUACAAGAACAACAGUGGUGAACUCCCUCAGCAGAUAGUAUGGACGAUAAUCACAGCUAUAAACCCCACCAGCGAUAAGCAGUCUUUGGACACAAACACAGAGUUAACCUAUCCAGUUCAGUGGCUCUGUCAGGUAUGUUGCUGUGGAGUUUCAGUGAAAACAGAGACGCAGCAGUUUUUCAUUUCAUGCUUAGUAGUACAUCAUACUCACUCUGCCAAUC